AUCCAUUCGCGCUACGGAAGCAAGCGGCCACCAUGGCGCCACCGCCUCCCCCAAACCUCCGCUAAACCCCGGGGCCAUGCCCGCCGCCUCCUCGUCCUCCACCACCGCCGCCCCCCAAAAUGCCUCCUCCGCCCACGGCCACGUCGCGACCGAACCCUCCCCUCCUCCUCCUCGCCCCGCCCCGCUCCCCGCCCGCCGCGCGCCACCUCGCCCCGCGGAGCAGGCGCCUCAGCUCCUCCUCCACCACCCGCGUGGCCGUCUCGCCGUCGCCGCCGCCGCCUUCGUCGACGGCGGCCUCCGACACGAGCGCGGCGCUGCGGGCGCUCUGCGUGCACGGCCAGCUGCCGCAGGCGCUCUGGCUGCUCGAGUCCUCCCCGGAGCCGCCCGACGAGGACGCCUACGUGGCGCUCUUCCACCUCUGCGAGUGGCGCCGGGCCGCGGACGCCGGGAUGCGCGCCUGCGAGCACGCCGACGCCGCGCACCCCACCUUCGGCCUCCGCCUCGGCAACACAAUGCUCAGCAUGCUCGUCCGCUUCGGCGAGUCGUGGCACGCCUGGGGCGUGUUCGCCAAAAUGCCCCAGCGGGACGUCUUCUCCUGGAACAUCAUGGUGGGCGGCUACGGCAAGGCCGGGUUCCUGGAGGAGGCGCUCGACCUGUACCACCGGAUGCUCUGGGCCGGGGUCAGGCCCGACGUCUACACCUUCCCCUGCGUGCUGCGCACCUGCGGGGGCGUCCCCGACUUGAGGAUGGGGAGGGAGGUGCACGCCCAUGUCCUGAGGUUUGGGUUCGGGGUCGAGCUCGACGUGCUCAAUGCUCUCGUGACCAUGUAUGCCAAGUGCGGGGACGUCGGGGCUGCACGGAAGGUGUUUGACGGUAUGGCCUUGACGGACUGCAUUUCUUGGAACGCCAUGAUUGCUGGGCAUUUCGAGAAUCAUGAGCGGGAGGCGGGGCUGGAGUUAUUUCUGAACAUGCUGGAGAAUGAGGUGCAGCCGAAUCUCAUGACGAUAACCAGCGUGACUGUUGCGUCCGGAUUGCUGUCUGACCUUGAAUUUGCAAAGGAAAUGCAUGCGUUAGCAGUAAAAAGAGGUUUUGCCACUGAUGUUGCGUACUGCAACUCUUUGAUUCAGAUGUAUACUAGUCUUGGGAGGAUGGCGGAAGCAUGCACGAUAUUCUCAAGAAUGGAGACCAGAGAUGCCAUGUCAUGGACAGCCAUGAUAUCAGGGUAUGAGAAAAACGGCUUCCCAGACAAAGCUCUUGAAAUGUAUGCACUGAUGGAAGUAAAUAAUGUUAGUCCUGAUGAUGUCACUGUAGCAAGCGCUCUUGCUGCUUGUGCUUCCUUGGGGCGAGUAGAUGUUGGAAUCAAGCUGCAUGAGAUUGCUACGAGCAGGGGAUUCAUCAGGUACAUUGUAGUUGCAAAUGCACUCCUUGAAAUGUAUGCAAAGUCCAAGCACAUUGAUAAAGCGAUCGAAGUUUUUAAGUACAUGCCUGAAAAGGAUGUAAUAUCAUGGAGUUCAAUGAUCGCGGGCUUUUGCUUUAACCAUAAGUGCUUUGAGGCUCUGUUCUGUUUCCGGCAUAUGCUGGCAGAUGUAAAACCCAAUUCUGUUACUUUCAUCGCUGCUCUUGCUGCUUGUGCUGCUACUGGAUCUUUGAGGUAUGGUAAAGAGAUUCAUGCACAUGUUUUAAGGCGAGGUCUGGCAUCUGAAGGUUAUGUACCCAAUGCUCUUCUGGACUUGUAUGUGAAAUGUGGCCAUACAGGCUAUGCUUGGGCACAGUUCAGUGCGCAUGGUGAAAAGGAUGUUGUAUCUUGGAAUAUCAUGCUUGCUGGUUUUGUUGCUCAUGGACAUGGAGAUAUUGCUUUAUCAUUCUUCAACGAGAUGCUAGAAACUGGAGAGCAUCCGGAUGAAGUUACAUUCGUUGCUCUAUUGUGUGGUUGCAGUAGGGCUGGAAUGGUUAGUCAAGGUUGGGAACUUUUUCACCGCAUGACUGAGGAAUACUCAAUUGUUCCAAAUCUCAAGCACUAUGCAUGCAUGGUGGAUUUACUGAGCCGUGUUGGGAGAUUAACACAAGCUUACGACUUCAUAAAUAGAAUGCCUAUCACACCAGAUGCUGCUGUAUGGGGAGCCUUGUUGAACGGAUGUCGGAUACACCGGCAUACUGAACUUGGGGAGCUUGCUGCCAAAUUUGUCCUUGAGUUGGAACCUAAUGAUGCUGGAUAUCAUGUUCUUUUGUCUGAUUUAUAUGCUGAUGCUGGCAAAUGGGCUGAAGUGGCUAGAGUGAGAAAAACCAUGCGAGAGAAGGGAUUGGAGCAAGACUAUGGGUGUAGCUGGGUUGAGGUUAAAGGAGAUAUUCAUGCAUUUCUUACAGGUGAUGAAUCGCACCCGCAGAUCAAAGAAAUAAAUGCUGUUCUACAUAGCAUAUAUGAGAGGAUGAAAGCAUCUGGUUUUGAUCCUAUUGAAUCUUAUUCUUUAGAAGAUAAAGAAGUAUCCAAGGAUGACGUUUUAUGUGGCCACAGUGAAAGACUAGCUGUCGCUUUUGGUCUCAUCAAUACCACACCUGGCACCUCUAUUUUUGUCACAAAGAACCAGUACACUUGCCAGAGCUGUCACGGUAUAUUGAGUAUGAUUUCUAAGAUAGUUCGCAGAGAGAUAAUUGUCAGGGACACCAAGGAAUUCCACCAUUUUAGGGACGGAAGUUGUUCAUGCGGAGGUUCAGGCUAAGAAGACUAUAAUACGUGGCCAUGUGCUAAUACUCCUCAGUUCCGAAUCACCAGUACAUAACUCUUUUGCAACAAGCAUUGUGAACUUGAUAUAUGUAGUCACUAGCAAGUAGAAGGAUAGCUUCGAUACGGCAACAUGCCCACCACCAGGCUGCUUUGCUGCUUAGAUAAACAUAGCUUGUGUUUUGGGUUAUGCGUAGAAGCUCCAUGCAAAUUUACAGCUUGGUACAUGACAAAAGAUGGUGAAAAGUUAUCGGAGAUGCUGGGAAUUCAGUUCCAACAUAUCUUGACCUCACAGAAAUCCCCUGAAGUAAUGCGCUUCUUGGAGAUGAUAUUUGCUUCCAACAACUUGCCAAAAGAAAUAUCAAUUCAGAGACAGAGGUAGUAGCUUAUAUUUUGGGUUAUAUGUAGAAGCUCCAUGCAAAUUUACAGCUUGGUACAUGACAAAAGAUGGUGAAAAGUUAUCCAAGAUGCUGGGACAUAUCUUGACCUCACAAAAAUCUCUGGAAGUAAUGCUUCUUGGAGAUGAUAUUUGCUUCCGACAACUUGCCAAAAGAAGUAUCAAGUUGUAUGAUGGUGGAGCCAUUGUUUAUAAGGCGGUAAAGCGACCUAAGGCGAGCAUCACCGCUCUGACGCCGAAGCGGCCCCUAAGCGCCUAAAGCAAAUGCUUAAGUGCCUAAAGCGGACAUAUUUCUAAGGCCGCUGCCAGGGCGCCCUAUCGCUUAAGCGUCUAAAGCAGGACGCCUUACAAACAAGGGGCGGAGCUGUACUUUUUUGCAGGUUUUAUGUUAAUAAUAGUGUAUGCAUGAAACUAGGCACUUCAGUGUUUUGAGAUGACUUGAUAAUGCCAGUGUGGACUGAGUGCUAGCUCAGUGGUAGGGGCAUUGUUUAGUGCUCCCACUCAGCCGGGUUUGAGCCCUCACGGGAGCAAAUAUUACAACUGAGGCUCACACUUGUAAUUGAAAAACAUGAAGCUAAGGCAUUCAAAGGGCAGCCCCAGUGCAUGUAGCUCCCGCUUGCGCAGGGUCUGGGGAAGGGUCCGACCACUUUAGGUCUAUUGUACGCAGCCUUUCCCUACAUUUCUGUAAGAGGCUGUUUCCAGGACUUGAACCCGUGACCUCAUGGUCACAAGGCAGCAGCUUUACCACUGCGCUAAGGCUCCCCUUCUAAGCUAAGGCAUUCAGAAUAAAAUAAAAAUAAAUUUGUGACUUGAGUUAUACUUGGACCUAAGAUGUCCAUAUACCUGGAAAAUGUGAAGGACACCUCCUCGGUGACUCAUUUAGGAACCGUCAGAAUGUUUUUUCCCUUUUGCUUUUUUGCAACCGGCAGUAUGGUUGCCGAGACUGACCCAUAUCAGAUUUUGCAGCAUAGUCUCGAACCAGUUUGGCAAGUGGGCCAAAAGUAUAUUCACAACUUUAUGUUCAUAACUGAAGUGUUAUUGGCUUCUUUCAUUUUGACAUGCAUCUCUUAUAAGUUACAACACAUAAUGCCAUAGUUUCAUCCCAUUUAUCAUACUUCAGCACAUUGUCCUGAUGGAUUAGUAUUGGCCCUGUAUUGAUGUUUGGGUCUUGACAUUGAGAUAGUUUACUGUGCUUGUGACAUGCAUCUCUUAGAAGUUUCAACACAUAAUGUAAUCGUUUCAUCACAUUUGUCAUAUUUCAGCACAUUAUACUGAUCAGUACUGGCCCUGCAUAGAUGUUUGGGUCUUGACAUUGAGAUAGCUUGUUGUGCUUGUUUCAGCAACAGUACUUGGGCAAGACCAAACCUCCCUUAGAAGCUGAGAGCACUUUGUAUUUGAGCACAUUAUACUAGUGGAUUAAUACCGAUUUUUUCUGUGGCAAUGUAUGAAAUAUUUCUUGAGAACCCUGUGCUCAGCUACAAUAGUAACAUCCACAGAACAAAGGUAUCCAUAUAUGUUUUCUGACCUUGUUGAGUGGGGAACGACAAGCAGCUGACUGUUGUAAUCCACACCUUGGCAGCUGAUACAGUAUUGUGGAUCGCCACUUGCAAGUUUUCUCUAUAAAUUGAACUGUCCAUCGGUGUACUUUUAUUGUACUGUGUAAUUCUGUACACUUUAACUCUUGUGCCUGAAGCUGCUGCUAAAAUCUCAAUACAACCGCUACACAAUGCUACUGUCUAACCAUAUGUAGAGUGUACAUGCAGACGGAAUCUUUAUCAGGUUGUACCCUGUGAUGCUUCUUAACACCUAAUCGAACUUGAGCAGGUCCUUUGUUCUUAAAAAUCAAGUGAAUUUUUUAUUGUCAAGAGAAAAAACUCCAUUUACUUGUCAAGUCAUGGUGUUUGAUGCAACCUGUAGGUUUAAUAACGUUGUUGCAUUGGCUGGUUCAGGAUCUUCGACCAACCCUUGUACUGUCAAGUGUCAACUGUCAUUGAAUUAUGCCAUCUUGUUGAUCUUGCAGUUGAUGAAUCAUGUACUGAUUCUGAACCUUUUUCUUUCUUUUUUUCAGAUGCAUGGGGAGAAUUAUCCAGAAACCACCAACACUUUGCGCCGCCACCAGAGUUCGUCUGUGUAUGAAUGAACAUCCCAUGCUUUCAGGUGAUGCUCCUGCAGUCCUGUUUAACAUCAGAUUGUCCUCCGACAGCCGCAAUUCAUCCACAACACAGGUGAUGCUCCUGCAGUCAUGUUUACCAAUACAUCCUUGACCGAAAUUAGUUGUCUAUAAAAAACUGUGGCAUCAAGAGGCAUGUAUGUAACAAACAAGCAGUAGUAUUAGGGAAACUCAAGAUAUUAUUAGGCAUAUAGUCCAGACAUGGAAACCCCCCCAACUGGACCAACUACUCCCUAAUACUAUCAGAGUAACAACCAGGGAAACCAAUACACAACUAAACUGCACAAUCUAUUAUGAUUUCUACACAAUUGGAAGGCCACGGGCGCACCGCAGCCGUCUAGUGUCCUCUACAUCGAGGGCGGCUCAGCCUGGAUGUACAGGCAACAAUAAAUGGUGGAUAGGAAUCCUGGCAUGGAAGAAGAAGGAUGGAAGAUUCAGCAGCACACGAGAGCAUCGAUUGGCCUCCUUUUCGGGUGAGCACAGCGCGCCGCACCGUAUGAUCAUCAUCAUCAUCUGGGGGGAAACAAGUUAAUGCAUCCCUAACCCCGUGGCUAUUCAAUGGGUUUAGGUUAGUUAGCAGGACCCGUAUUCCACAUGGAACGGGAGGGAGAAGGGAAAGAGAGGAAUUGAAUGGGGGCAUGCCAUGCCAUGCAGAUUAUGCAAGCAAGCAAGCAAGCACAUCAAUUGCAUGCUGGAACAGUUGGUUGUUGCUGCUGCUCCAAUCCAUGUUUGUUUUUGUAUCCUCUUUUUCAUGAGCUUCUAGAACGUCUUUUUUUUUGUGUGUGUGUGUGGUUGUGACUUGUGGGAGUACAUGCAUUCCACCCAUUUUAUUGUCUAGGGCGGUUGGCAACAUUUAUGGGUUGCUGAUUCAUGCAUUGUAGUAGUAGUACUAGAAUUGAUGUAGGAGGAGGCGCGUUAGUUUUGUUUGGCCUGAUCACUUCUUAUUUUAUGUCUGACAAAUUUGUGGUGAUUUUUGCACACGCACACAAAAAGAAAACACUUUAUACUCUAGGGAAGUUGGCAACAUUUAUUGGUUAUUGAUUCAUGCAAUGUAGGAUUGAUGUUGGAGGUAUGUUAGCUUUGUUUUGGCCUGGUUUAUUUUUUAUUUCAU